GCCAUGUGGUCACUCUGCUCGCGCUCCCGUCACCACGCACGAGAGCUGAGUGGAAUGGAAACUCUAAAGCUGUUUUGAGAGGAGAGACUCUAUCCAGCCUCGCAGUUCUCAUCACGCACUACAGACGGACGUUUUGUCCUUGUUUUAGGCCUGUUAAUUUGACGCAAACACACUCGCUCAUCUGACUUCGUUUCCUGGUAAAAAGACUUCCAGGAAUGGAGUCGAUACCCAGUCAGCUUUCUACGGGACGAGAUGUUUGCUCUUCCCCCAACUCAAAGCAAGAACUGCAGCCUUACUCUAGCAGCAGCUCGCUGAAGCCAAAUCAAGUGAGUGAGACUGUGCUGUACGGAGUGCCCAUCGUCUCUUUGGUCAUCGACGGUCAGGAGAGGCUGUGUCUGGCGCAGAUUUCCAACACUUUAUUGAAGAGCUACAGCUACAACGAAAUCCACAACAGACGCGUGGCGCUUGGAAUUACGUGUGUCCAGUGCACACCGGUGCAGCUGGAGAUCCUGAGGCGCGCGGGGGCCAUGCCCAUCUCCUCGCGCCGCUGCGGCAUGAUCACCAAACGCGAGGCCGAGCGCCUCUGCAAAUCCUUCCUCGGGGCUCACAACCCUCCCAAAUUACCCGAGAAUUUUGCAUUCGAUGUUUCACACGAGUGCGCCUGGGGCAGCCGAGGAAGCUUCAUACCUGCGAGGUACAACAGCUCCAGGGCGAAAUGCAUCAAGUGCACCUAUUGCAACAUGUAUUUUUCACCCAACAAAUUUAUAUUUCAUUCGCACCGCACACCUGAGUCGAAAUACACCCAGCCGGACGCAGCCAAUUUUAAUUCGUGGAGACGCCAUCUAAAACUCACCGACAAAAGCUUGUCUGAUGACAUUUGUCACGCGUGGGAGGACGUCAAGGCCAUGUUUAACGGCGGGAGCCGGAAACGGGCAAUGCCAGGGAAUGGAUCAGAAAUGUCCUCCCCGCUCAAACCGCAGGCCUCCAGAAACAUCACGCAGACCGCUUCCCCUGAUAUUCCUCACAAAACUUUGCGCUGCGACGACGACCGUGGGAACCUCAGCUUAACCAGCAGCGUGCGUAACUACCCGGUCAUCCCUGUGCCUAGUAAGAGUUUCGGCAUGCUUCAGAAGAUCCCGCCACCCAUCUUCCCGCAUCCGUAUAGUUUCCCAGCCUUUGGACUGUGUCAAAAGAAAGAUGAUGGAGUUGGUGAGCAGAAUAAGACCAAUGUACCUGGUGUGUUUUGGCCCGGUGCGAAGGACGGUCUCUAUCCAUCGUUCCCCAUGUUCUGGCCUACCGCGGGCAGCCUGCCGCUCUCAUCCUAUCAACCAGCACAACCAAAAUCGCACACGGAGCUCCUGGGUGGCCGGCAAACCGAAACUGACAUGUCAGAAAGUGAGCGGGGAGGAAACACAUCUAGAGACAGUCUGUUCGACAGCGAGCGCUGCUCUAGUUCGCAGUCCCUCAGGAACGACGAGGACAAAUCUGGGGACGAGGCCAGGUCAAGUGAGGGUCAACCCAGCACCCCCAGAAAGCUGAGCUAUAUUUCUGCGUUCAGACCUGUCGUUAAAGACGCAGAGAGCAUAGCUAAGCUCUACGGGAACAGGGACGCGUACAGCGGAGCUCAUCCUGGGCAUUUGUCGCCAGACUUUGUGAGCGAGAGCUCCAGCUACAGAUCAGCCUCUCCGUGUGUGGACAGCGGGGAAGAACCAGAUGUCGACGUGGAGACUCACAGAAUUGCGGAGGACGAGGAGUCUAUACAACUUUCCGUGGAUGACCGACAAAGUCCCGUGAGGGAAAACAGUCAAACUCCGCAGCCGGACGAUGACCAGACAGCCACGUUUAGUGACGCGGGCUCCCCUGAUCAAAAGCAGAACAAGCAGGUGGCAAAGAAAAGCGAUGCCAUUACUUACGAAGUGUACUCGCAUGAAAAGGAGGGAGCAUCUCUGCCCUGUUCGGCCUCUAAACCUCCUCGCUGCGCACCGGAAACAACCGAUUCACACAUUUCAAACAACAGCCCUACUGACGACGAAUGUGAAUCACAAAAAUCCUGUUCGGAUCAUAUUGGUGUUAGCAAAGAGAACCCAAGCGACGCUACACUGAGAAAUACUGAUAACAGAUUUAAUUUCGAGAAAGACAUCGAGAAUAUGGCGAAAGAGGAGCUCCAAAAGCAGCUCUUGGAGCAAGUGGAGCUAAGAAAAAAACUGGAACGGGAAUUUCAAAGUUUGAAAGAUAAUUUUCAGGAUCAAAUGAAGAGGGAACUGUCUUAUCGAGAGGAGAUGGUCCAGCAGCUGCAGAUUGUCCGAGACACAUUGUGCAACGAGUUGGAUCAGGAGAGAAAGGCUCGUUAUGCAAUUCAGCAGAAGCUUAAAGAAGCUCACGACGCUCUUCACCAUUUCUCCUGCAAAAUGCUCACUCCGCGCCACUGCACAGGGACCUGCACAUUCAAGCCACCCCUCUUACCACCUUAACUUAAAGCUGCAUCCCAGGAUCCCAGUGACAUCUGUAAACCUCCCCUAAAGGAAUUCUCCACUCACACUCUGUUUGAGAGGUUCAAGUUAUGCACACCGAACACUGAGGCCUGAGGACUGCUGAAUCACAAUCCAUCCCAAGUAGGCUAUUCACUGGCAUUUGAACAUUCCGCCGUGGAUGAAAGUGUCUAGGAUUACUUUAUGAAAACAGUAAAACAAGCCAGAGGAUGACAAGAAACAUUCAAAUAAUUAUGCUGUUACUUGUGUAAAUAGGUUGAUUUUUUAAAAACAAUACAAAUACAUAAUACGUGGCAAUGUGCAAUGAACUGUAUAAUGUGAAAUUUCAUAAACUGGAAUUGUUGAUUAUUAUUCUCAUUAUUUAUGUAUUUGUGUUUUUACAUGUAUUUGUUUUUCUCAAAAUGAAUUCACUGAUGUGCUAUCCAAAUUAAUUGUGUAUCAUCAAUUUUAAGCACUUUAAAUAAGCAACAUUUCAGACCUAUCCAUCCAAAAUUAAUCAACCCAAAAAUUAUUGAAAAUCAGCUGUACUUCAUAUUAAUGUACAACAAACACAAGUUUGAACAAGCACUUAUCCCAUAUUUUCCAAAUAAACAAUUGAGAAUACCACAAAAGUUGUUAUUCCACAUGAAAGUGCUCAAACUAAAAGUCAUAUGACCUCUGGAGUGUUUCUUUCUCUCUGUCUCUCUUUUUUUCCCCCGAAAAUAAUAUUAUCUUGUCUCAUUCUUCAAUAAAACUUCAAUUAAAGUCACAAGUAUUGACUCAUAAAUUCAAAAUAUCUCCGUCACGCAAUGUUUCGAACAUACUUUUGCUACUUUUUAAUUAUCAAAGAUUAAAUGUCUAUUUUAAGACACGAUUUCUAAAUCCAGAAACUGUAGUUAUCUUACCUGAAAUUCAUGCCUGGAAAAACAUUUGCGUGAUAAUAAUAACGCCCUGAUCGUUAUCUUGCUGUAGGCUAUCCUACAGACAAAUAAAUAUACAGCCUAACUUAAACAUGUUUAAAAACGUACCGCUCCCUUUCCCAACAUGCCAGAUUUUCAAGAAAGAGGUCUAGCCUAGGCUAUAUUUCUGCAAACGUGUUCAGUAGCGGUGUUUUUUGAACCGUAACGCACUAACCCAAAAAUGAGUCUCAGCGUCUGUUACUGUUGUGAAAUACAACACUACCAUCUAGUGGUAAACACAGACAUUGCACAUUGCCGAUGUGCUUCUUCAGCGAUACAAAUGUACUAUAACUGCGGACAGUGUAAUGCGUUUGAUCACACACUUAUUUAGACCAUGUCUGGCAUGUGCACCCACUCAAUAGGCUACCUGGCAGGGGGCAUGAAAAAUACAAAAAGCAAACUACAGUACAAACAUAUUUUGUAAUUAGUGAUAAUUUAAGCAUGCACUUGUUGUCAUUUAUAAUUUUUGAAUAGGCCUAAGUAAAAUAACGUAUUUAUUUUGUGUGGUCUAUUAAAAAAAAUAUUUAUUAAUAUAAAAGUUUUUUUUUUUUUUUUUUUCAUGUUACACACUUUAUUUAGUUAAAACCGCUUAAAACUAUGACAUUUUCAUUCAUUCAUUCAUUCUACCUGGAAAACCACCUUGUGCAUGCUCUGGAUUUAUGUCUACAUCGCUGUAUGAGGUUUUUUUAGGGGGUCAUAACAAUUCUGUAAAUUCAGUAACAUUAAAAAUGAUUUUCUCCUCAAUGUUUUUAGCCAC